UCGACAGUUGGCUACGGUUUGGCAGACAGGUCAAUAUAACUGGCAUGAGGACCGAACUGCCACCGUUGUAAACGGCGUUUGAGUGUGGCAGAAGGAUUUCACAGCUCUCCGUCGUUCAGACAGCAUAACGACCCCCUUCCGUCAAAGCUUUGCCCCCAGCUCCCCUUCUCCGGCAUUCGACUUGACCACCUUGCACAUAUCAUCAUGCGACUGUCCGUUCUCAUCCUCGCUCUCGCAUCCGUUGCGGCUGCGGCGCCAUCAUGCCAGCCUCGAGGUCAAGUUCGCUAUCUGGGUAGAGUGAAUCCAGCGACCAAGGAGUUGAGCUGGCCAAGCACCGGUGUCUCAUUCGCCUUCACGGGAACGUCCGCUACCAUUGGCAUUACCGCUGUCAGUGGCACCAAUAGUGCGGACUUGAUCAUCGACGAUGGCGAGCCCGUUCUCCUCUCCAACUUCGUGGCCGGCACUCCCAUCUCCACGCCGACCCUGCCUCGGGGUAACCACACUGUCGUCCUUCGCAGACGCUCCGAGCCCGCCUACGGCUCCAUGUCUCUCGGCGACAUCACCACCGACGGCCAUCUUCUCCCUGCCCCGGCAGCUCCGAAACGGCAGAUCGAAAUCAUCGGCGACUCCAUCACCGUCGGCUACGGGCUUGACGGCACGCAUCCCUGCACCAACACCGCUGAGCUCGAGAACAGCCCGAAAACGUACGGUGCCCUGGCCGCCAAUUCGCUCGGCGCCGACUACAGCAUCAUCGCCUGGAGCGGCAAGGGCCUGGUCCGCAACAUCGCCUCGGCCACCCCCGAUACCAGCCCCGUGAUGCCGCAGCUCUACACCCGCUACGGCGCCGAGGACGCCGACAACAGCUACCCCUUCCCGGCCUCGUGGUCCCCCGACGCCGUCGUCAUCAACCUCGGCACCAACGACUUCAGCUACAUUGCCUGGGACGCGUCCGGCCAGCCUUACAACGCGCGGGCAACCCUCAACAUGACCCAGUAUGUCGAUGGCAUGGUCCAGUUCGUCCGGAAUAUCGAAAAGCACUACCCGGCCGCGCACUUCUUCCUCGUCAGCUCCCCGAUGCUCAACGACGGCUGGCCGACGACGGCCGACGCGCAAAAGACGACGCAGGUAAACGCGCUCAAGGAGGCGGUCGCGCGGCUCGGGGCGGCAAAGGCCCAUUUUGUGGACUGGCCUUCGCAGGGGGCCGAGGUCGGCUGCGACUAUCACCCUAAUGCGGCCACGAAUGCGGCGUUUAGCGCUACGCUGGCCGAGGUCAUCGCUGGGGUGCUGGAUUGGUAAUCAGGAGGCAGUGCCAGAACGGUAGGCAAGUCGUGAUUCCAAAACUGACACAUUCUGGAAAAUAUUGACUGACAUCCCUGAGCAGAGUAUACCUAUGGUGCUGCGAGUACCUUUUGCGCAGUGGCAAGGGGGCCUCACGCCGACCGGAUUUAGAGGAUGAAGAGUGACGUGUCCCGAUAGGUUCUCAGGCGUUCACCAAGGGUCAUGGAGAUGACUCGCCGAAUCCCUGAGCAUCAUAUAGGGAAGUC